AUGUACACCAUCUACAGGCCAUUGGAGGUGAUGAGACAUCUGUUGGGUUGGGUGACGCUGGCAGUCUAUAUUUGUGGACUCAACGCAGACUUGAUUGCCCAUUUACAUCAUCACGUUCCAGCUAUUACUACGCGAUCCUGCGUCUUUCCAUUUACCUAUCAGGAUGGCCUCUACUACAACUGCAUCUCCAUUCACAGUGACUUUGCCUGGUGUUCUUUCGACAGUAACUUCCAAGGCAGAUGGAGAUAUUGCACUGCGAGUGACCCUCCGAGGUGUACCUUUCCAUUCUACUUCAGAGGACAACAGUUUCACAGCUGCACCAAGAAAGGCUAUGUUUUGAAUCGCAGUUGGUGUUCAUUGACGAGCGAUUAUGGAAAAGAUAAAAAAUGGAAGCAGUGUUCUCCUCUCAAGUAA